AUGACUGCAGCAGACGCUCUUGUUUUCCACCGACCGAAGACAGUAGCAGGAGCAGCAGGAGCCACACCAGCAGCAGUACCACAAGGAGACGGUGACGAGGGAGCCGCUGCGAAUAGGCAGACACAGAAGCGCACGUGGAAAUCUGCGCGUGAAGAGCGAGAAGAGUCGCGAGAGGUCCACGAAGUCACGGAGAGCUCCUCGGAUGAGAGCGUUGACGAGACAGUGUCAAGACCUCACAACAGGACGAUGGUUCGGACGAGGGAGCAGUACGCGGACGGUGCUGAAGUAACUGCAAGGAUCGUAGACAACAACGACGAAGACGAGAUGCCGACGCCUGAAGUGGUCGAAAGGAUGCGCCAGGGCGUGUACAUGCCCGAUCCAGAAGAGGUUUGCAAGGCAAAGAGCGUGGCUGACAUGAGCUAUUUGUUUACAAACGACAAGCUGAAAGAGGAGUCACCAGCGAUCGUGCUGCGGUCCGACCCGUUCUGUAUCCCGAGAGUGACAGACAAUGUGCCGAACUAUCGACCUAUGCUGAAUCCGCUGAGCAUUUUUCUGGGCGAAGAUCAGCUGCUGCCUGGAAACUAUCGAUUGGAUCCGUCAGAGAGACCGCCAAAGGCCAAUGAAGAGGUGGCAAUGGCGACGUCGAUGACGGAGGGUGAAAGUGAUGGACUUCGUGGACGACUGCUGCCUCUCCCGAGUAACCCGUCUUUGACGUCGAGUGCUUUGAGACAGUUUCGAGGAAAAACUAGCACGUUUAUGGGAACGAUGCCUCGUCAACUAGAGUUUACCGAGAUUUCCGUGUCGGAGACCCUAUUCCAGAACCAUGAAGUGUUUCGCCUUCCGCCGCCAAUGUUGAGGAUCCCGACAUCGUCUGCAAGAGACAUACACUCACUCUUGUCCAUGGACAGGAAUCCGAGCAACACGUCGUUCUCUUCAACAGGACCAGAGAGUGACCAGACGUCAGCAUUGUUUGUUGGAGAUCGAGCGGCUUCGCUUUCGGACGCGAUGUUGUUGUCAUCGAUACAGCGCACUCUUGACGUCACGACAGUGGCCCUGGCAUCGAACGAUAGCUCAUUGUCUUCACCCGACAUUGUUGCUGAAUCUGUGCCGUCGGUGUCGGAAGAAACACCCAUGUGCCAGAUCCAACCGCUUCAGCCGCUGGAUUUUGGUGUCGACACGCUCACGAAUCACUUACCCAGCCGAAGCAUGUCGAUGCCAAACACGAGCAGUCCGGUCUACGAAGCGCAGUAUAGUUCAGCUGAAGGAUGCAAGCCUACCAACAGCUCGAUGGGCUAUAGUGCCGGUGCUUCCUGCACACUCGGUGCUUUACUCUCGCCGAUCGAGAACCAAGCCAGCACUUCUUACGGUGGUCUAUUCACUGACAGUAGCGAGUCUCAGCUUUCUAGCCAGACGAUGCAGUCGUUUUCCAGUGCUCUCGGAUUGUUUUCGAUCACAACACCACCGAACGGGGUGAGUGAAACAACCACGGAUCUCACGACACCGCAAGAACGAUCCAGUGGAGGAAGUUUACGUCGUUCGGGCGCGAAGCGAUCUCGCGCAAAAAACGUGUUUCGACCCUGUACAUUUUCGGGAUGUACAAAGGGUGCCCGAGGCAAAUCCGGACGGUGUCAAAAGCAUGGCGGUGGUAAACGCUGUGCUGCUCCGGACUGUCCGAAAGGUGCACAAGGCAGUAGCACCAUGUGCCUAUUCCAUGGCGGCGGGUACCGUUGUACAGUAGAAGGCUGUUCCACCGGUGCGCGUGGUACGUCAGGUCUUUGUGCGAAGCACGGUGGCUACAGAAAGGGCAAGUCUGGAAUUGCUGCUGGUGAGCGUGAGUUGAUCACGGAUGGCGCUCCGAUGAAACGGUUACGCACCAACGAUUCGCUACGAUCCGCUGCCGCAGUCACUGCAGAAUGA